AUGCUUCCUCUCUUCAACAAAGUACUUCCUCUCUUGAUCAAGAUGCUUCCUCUCUUGAUCAAGGUGCUUCCUCUCUUCAUCAAGAUGCUUCCUCUCUUCAUCAAGAUGCUUCCUCUCUUCAACAAAGUACUUCCUCUCUUGAUCAAGAUGCUUCCUCUCUUCAUCAAGGUGCUUCCUCUCUUCAUCAAGGUGCUUCCUCUCUUGAUCAAGGUGCUUCCUCUCUUCAUCAAGGUGCUUCCUCUCUUCAUCAAGAUGCUUCCUCUCUUCAUCAAGGUGCUUCCUCUCUUCAUCAAGAUGCUUCCUCUCUUCAUCAAGAUGCUUCCUCUCUUCAUCAAGGUGCUUCCUCUCUUGAUCAAGGUGCUUCCUCUCUUCAUCAAGGUGCUUCCUCUCUUCAUCAAGAUGCUUCCUCUCUUGAUCAAGAUGCUUCCUCUCUUCAUCAAAGUGCUUCCUCUCUUCAACAAAGUACUUCCUCUCUUGAUCAAGAUGCUUCCUCUCUUCAUCAAGGUGCUUCCUCUCUUCAUCAAGAUGCUUCCUCUCUUGAUCAAGAUGCUUCCUCUCUUCAACAAAGUACUUCCUCUCUUGAUCAAGAUGCUUCCUCUCUUGAUCAAGGUGCUUCCUCUCUUCAUCAAGAUGCUUCCUCUCUUCAUCAAGAUGCUUCCUCUCUUCAACAAAGUACUUCCUCUCUUGAUCAAGGUGCUUCCACUCUUCAUCAAGGUGCUUCCUCUCUUCAUCAAGGUGCUUCCUCUCUUCAUCAAGGUGCUUCCUCUCUUGAUCAAGGUGCUUCCUCUCUUCAUCAAGGUGCUUCCUCUCUUGAUCAAGUGCUUCCUCUCUUCAACAAAGUACUUCCUCUCUUCAUCAAGAUGCUUCCUCUCUUCAUCAAGUGCUUCCUCUCUUCAUCAAGUGCUUCCUCUCUUGAUCAAGUGCUUCCUCUCUUCAUCAAGUGCUUCCUCUCUUCAUCAAGAUGCUUCCUCUCUUCAACAAAGUACUUCCUCUCUUGAUCAAGUGCUUCCUCUCUUCAUCAAGUGCUUCCUCUCUUCAUCAAGUGCUUCCUCUCUUCAUCAAGAUGCUUCCUCUCUUCAUCAAG